AGAGCCUACUGUUCUCUCUUGCCUGAGGUACCUGUUUUGGGGGCAUGGAGCUGCCAAAAAAGCCUGAUGUCCUUGACCUGGGCCUGGGCACAUGGAGUCCCAGCUCCUCAAAGCAGAACCAUGAGGCUUGGGCACACUGCAAGGUGCUGGCAAGCGGCUGCCUGAGGUACAAGGCGGUGGUGGUGGGUGCAAGUGGCGUGGGCAAGAGUGCAUUGACCAUCCAGAUGACCCACCAGUGCUUUGUGGAGGAUCACGACCCCACCAUCCAAGAUUCCUACUGGAAGGAGGUGGCCCUGGACCGUGGGGGCUAUAUUCUGAAUGUGCUAGACACUGCAGGGCAGGAAACUCACAGGGCCCUGCGUGACCAGUGCUUGGCUGUUGGUGAUGGUGUGCUAGGUGUCUUCGCUCUCGAUGAUCCUUCAUCUCUGACCCAGCUGCAGCAGAUGUGGGCCACUCGGGGCCCUCGCCACACCCAGCCCCUGGUCCUGGUGGGCAACAAGUGUGACCUUGUGACCACCACUGGAGAUGCUCAUGCUGCUGCUGUCGCCCUGGCAAAGCUGGGGGGCCCCAUUGUGGAGACCUCAGCCAAGACACGGCAAGGUGUGGAGGAAGCCUUUUCCCUGCUCAUCCAAGAGAUCCAGAGAGUCCAGGAGGCCAUGGCAGUGUCAAGUGGGAGAGGGUCCCGGCACCAGAAGGCCAUGUGCAGCUGUGGCUGCUCUGUGGCCUGAAAAUAUUGGUCUACAAAGAUGGCUCCUCCCAUAGGCCAGCGUGAUGAUUCCCUUGAUAUGAGACACCCCUAGCAACUAGUAUCAUGGACACUGUUGGUGUA